AUGACCUCUCCCUCCUCCUCACCCCCAGAGCGGCGUCUCACCCUUCAAGUAGGCGAACGCACCUUCACAACCACCCACUCGACCCUAAGCGAAAGCACCUUCUUCACCUCCCUCCUUUCCAGCCGAUGGGCCAACAACGCCCUCCCCGACGGGAGCUACUUCAUCGAUGCGGAUCCCACCCUCUUCGAACACAUCCUACGCUAUCUCCGACGAGGCAUCUAUCCGCUCUUCUACUCGCCAGACAAAGGCCACGACUAUGCCCUCUACGCGGCUCUCCUCGAGGAGGCACGUUACUUCGGUAUCGCGGGAUUAGAGUCCUGGCUAAAGGAGAAGCGGUACCUUGAUGCUGUGGAGAUCAGUACCUGGGUGGAUACGAUUGACGAUGGAGAUACAACUUUACUACACAAGACAAGACGCGUGAAUGAUUGGGUGGGCUAUUAUCCCGAGUGGGUCCUUGGCAAGGUCUAUGUUUGUCCCAGAGGAAUUGCGGUACAUCGGGGCAAUCCAUGGGCGUGUGGGAGGCAGUGUGCAAAUGCGAGAGGCGGAGAAGGGUAUGAGUAUGAGGACGAGUCGGUUGUGAAGGUCUUUGUGGUGCAUAAGUCGGUGGUAUUCCAUGAGAAUGUGUUAAGGAGGGCUGUUCAAAAUACAUAA